AUGCCCUUGGGAACCAUAGAGCUCGGACCGAUCCAAUUGACUGACUCCUGGCUUUUCACCGUGGCCGGACGGACUGUUUCCGAACUCAGCCCUGAGAUGGAGCGAUGCAACCCAGGCUUGGAAGUCGGCGAUGAGAUUCUAUGCUUGAAGCUUCGGGCCAAGCCCGGCCAACUCUUGGAGAACGAGUACAACCCAAGGGAGAAGACCAUGUCCGAAUGGUCUUUGUGUUGGGAUUCCUUCCAGUCCUUUUUGGAUUCGAAGUGCCAUCAAGAAGGAAGACAGCUGUGGAUCACAGUUGUGCGUGACAGCUCAGUCCGCAUGGAAGUUUCCCAAGGUGAUGGUCCUUUUCGUGUUUUGACCCUGGCGAACAGCAAGGACAUCACUCGGUUGAAGCUUGGGGGACCUCCUGCAAGACUUUGCCGUAGUCUUCGGCUCUGCAGUGCAUAG